GUAUGUGCUCCAAGAUGGAAAAUAAAAUUGUCAACUGAAGUCUACAUGAAUGGAUUGUGUUACUACUCAAAAAUUGACACUCCAGAUAAAUUCAACCGAACCAAUGACAUCUGGAUAAAGUCUAUGACGGAUUAUCAUUUACAAACGUCCAGAGCUAAAAACGGCCAGGUAUAUUAUCACUACGGCAUGGGACAAUUGGGAAUGUCUAUGCAUGAAUUCCACACUGAUGGAAGUUGGAAUAUUAUGCUGGGAAGUCCUGGAGCUUUCAGUUGGUAUGGAACACCUGUUGUGGUUACUGAAGGUAGAUCUGGAGUUUUUCGAUCCGUUGUUCCAAGUUACGACAUCACUAAUUACGAAUACUUAGGUACACGUUAUAGUGUAACAUCCGGUCAUUAUUUUGGGCUAUCCAGAAGAUAUUUUGCGGCCGGCGCACCACGGAAUGACGAUAUGAAAGGCCGUGUGUUGGUAUUUUCCUAUGACGUUGAUGAAAAAAAAUUAAUUAUCAAAAAUAUAUUAACUGGAACUCAACACGGAGAGUAUUUUGGAUCAGCAAUUACUUCUUGUGAUGUUGAUGGUGAUGGUGAUGAUGAGCUUAUUGUCGGAGCACCGCUUUGGAGUAAAAGUGGUGAUGAAGGACGCAUUUAUAUUUUUCACAAUAGAUAUUACAGUUACAUGGAAUUAUCAUCUUCCAUUGAUGGAACAGUAGAAAAUGGAAGAUUUGGAUCGUCAGUGAUGUGUCUGGGAGACAUAGACAACGAUGGAUAUCAAGACAUUGCCGUCGGAGCUCCCUAUGAAAAUGACCAUGGAGCUGUAUUCAUUUUUAACGGCCAGCAGAAGGGACUUUCAACCACUUGGAGUCAGAAGAUAACCGGAGAUCAAUUUCCUGAGACACUCAAAGGUUUUGGAAUUUCUAUUUCCGAACCCAGAGAUGUUGACGGUAACGGGUACCCAGAUUUUGCAGUUGGUUCAUUUAAAUCCAGCCAGGCAGUUUUGUUUCGCUCACACUCUGUCAUUCAUGUUAAUAUUGAUGUUGAUCUUGACGAUAAUUUUAAGCUUGAAACUAAUAGUUCUUCAUUUUUUAUCAAAGUUUGUUGCUCUUACGACGGAAUACGCGCGCCAGACUCUAUAAGAAUUAUCAAGCAGUUGACUAUUGACCCAAUGGAAGGACUUAAAAUAUUAUUACAGGAAAAUUUAAUAAAUGUAUUCGACCCAAUCGAGAUAAAGGCAUCAAUUAUUUUGGACACGCCUGAAAUUGAUAAUCAAAAUCCGGAAUCGCGGGAUAAUUUUUGUCAUAAUUGUCCAGUGAUCAAUAAACUGCGUUCAAAGACUGAAGAUAUUAUUAAGCUUCCAUUUGCCGUAGAUUGCGGUCCUGAUGAUGUUUGUCGUUCAAACAUUACUUUAGACGUAACCACUAACCUUGAGGGCAAUAGAUACAUAAUAGGAACACGGCAGGCAAUAAACGUUUCAAUUAAUGUUAAUAAUUAUGGUGAAGGGGCUUAUCACGCUUACCUCAAUAUAUUUUUACCAAUAUUUCUCACCUUAGCAAGUGUUCCUCUUAAUUGCGAUGAACACACUAAGGAUAAUGGCGAGUUGAUUGUUUGCUCUAUAGGGAACCCUCUUAAAGAUAACCAAACUGUUCUGUUGGAAAUAGACGUUAUGGUAAAUAGUGACCAAAAACAAACAAACUUAGAGAUAAGUGUAGAUACGCAGAGUGAAAAUAUUAAUUAUGAUAAUAAUACAAUGAGAUUUGAUCACAUUUAUGAAGUUCGUAAAUUUGGCGUUACGUCUAUUGAACAAGCAAUAUUAAAAGUUUUGAUUCCUACUCAUUUGAUGGACGGUGACAAUAUGAUUGAUAUAGCGACGAUUAAUCGAACAGAAUUAUCGUUGCCUAAAACUAUUAUUAAUAGACACAAUUCUUUUUGUUCGAAUGGAACUAUUGAAGAUCAUACAGAGUUUAAGUACAAUAAUUAUUCUAUUGAAAAAAUUAAUAUCAAAGACAAUUUUGUGAACGUUCUUACGGAUGAUCGGACAUUCUAUGUCAACUGUUCAAAUCCUUUAAUUAUUUGUACGGCUAUCUACUGUGUACUACAGACACCCUUGAAUUUAUCAACAGUUGCAGAAAUUAAAUUUACUAUGGACUUGAAAAUAAAAAAUUUGAGAGAGAAUAUAUUGGAAGAAAAAGAUAUAGUUUACUUUGUGUCCAGCGGACAUGUUAACAUAUCAUUACCAGAAGGCAUUCUACAAAUAAAUAAUAUUAAUUCAGAUCAUGUAGCGAUAGGAACUACGUUUGUCGGGUCACCUAUAGCUAAACCCGUUGCUGUCUGGAUAAUAGCUUUUUCUGUUGUCCUUGGUAUUAUUUUAUUGAUUAUUUUAAUUAUUGUGUUAGUCAAGAUAGGGUUCUUCAAUCGAAGAAAAAAAGAAGAACUGGAAGCUUUGAAAGCUGAUGAUAAUGUUAGUAUAUUUUGA